AUGCCCUGUGCUUCGGGCCAAAACCAAAAGCAAAGUUACGUCGCUACUUUCGACGACCUCACCACUCUCUCGCUGUCGCUUCCAAACGUGAAUAUUCCAUCCUCAGUAUUGGACGACACGAUAUCAGUUGAUAAGGCUUCUCCAGUCCCCUAUCAAGGGCUCGAUUGGAGCGACUUCAAGUCAACGAAGAACCUUCUCGCAUUCUCUCAGCCAAAUGUGUUUAGCUACCAACCAUCUUCACCAGACGAGAAAAGCAGUGACACGGACGUCAGCCACUCGGGCCCCGCACCAUCUAAUAAAUUUGUGCCAACUGGCGGCAAAGGCGCCUUUGCACUUGAAGAGAUGUAUGUGGCAUGUAUUGCCAACAGCACAGAAGACACCAAUGCACAGUCAAAUACCACGCUCUCACGGCGAGCCUUGCAGGUCAGAGAUUUCGUCGCGAACAACCACUGGCUACGGGCCCGGGGAAUAGAAGGGAAAGUUGGAGAGAGCACUUGUGAUAGCUGCUCUAUUGUAAUCACAGGCAUUACAAGUAGCGGCAAAAGUGUCCAGACGGCAUCGCUGUCGUUUUCUCCGAGUAAAAGGGGCAUGCAGAAGAUGGCUUUUACAGACGAUUGGAAAGAUCUUAAGCAGGUGUCAAUCGGGGCAGAAUCUUGUGGGAAGGCUUCGGAAGUAGGUAUCGAUAACGUGAAAUAUGAGGUAAUGAGUGACUGUCAAUGA